GCAUCUUUGGUAAAGUUGGAGUAGUCUGGCAGUCCUACUAGAAGGAAGUGUCUUCAGUCUGGAAACAAAGUGCUUGCUCCAUUGCCUAUGAUAGAGGUAAGUUGUCUGAAAUUUCUGACGUGUGGUCCUAUGUAACGCGUGAGACUCAGGUAUGUGGAAGUAUUAGAUCCUCUGAGAUGGGCCUUUUGCCUUAGGAAGGCGAGAUUGCAUCUGGAGCAGGAGUGAGGAGUUAUUAAGUUUCAAAGGAAAAUGUGUGUUUCACUAUUGAUGUCAUCUGUCUGCAGUCUAAUUUCCAGCCUGAUCUUAACUAAUGCACCAAGAAAAUUGUUUUUAACUGGCUUCAAGACAUAUACAGAGGGAGAAACUGAUGUAAAUGCUGGUGACCAUGCAGAAUGCAGUUCAGGUGUGGUUUGGAGAUGACCUUCCUUUAAGUCCUCGAAGUCCUCUGACUCCCAGACACGGCCCAGGUCUGGCAGAUGUGUGCCUGUAUGACCAGUGGAUAUCUGUGCGGCAUGAAGCAACAUUGGUGCCUAUGCAAGAAGACCUGUCAAUCUGGCUGUCUGGCUUGCUGGGAAUAGAAGUCACAGCAGAGCAACUGUUGGAAGAACUUGAUAAUGGAGUACUACUCUGCCAAUUGAUUGGUGUUCUUCAAAACACAAUUAAAAAAUCAUGUAGCUCAAAUAAUUUAAGGAAUUUUCCAAUGAGAAAAGUUCCAUGUAAGAAGGAUGCUCCAUCAGGAUCUUUUUUUGCCAGAGAUAACACAGCCAACUUUCUUAACUGGUGUAGGGCCAUUGGAGUUGAUGAGACUUACCUCUUUGAAUCUGAAGGUUUAGUUUUGCACAAGGAUCCAAGACAAGUGUAUCUUUGUUUGUUGGAAAUUGGACGCAUUGUAUCCAGAUAUGGAGUUGAACCUCCUGUGCUUGUAAAACUGGAGAAGGAAAUUGAGCUAGAAGAAACACUGCUAAGGACCUCUGGACCAGCAUCACCUGUUGACACAGCAAAGUCAUGUUGUCACCAUGGGGAGCUACAUGAGGCAGUUAAACACAUAGCAGAAGAUCCACCUUGCAGCUGCUCCCAUCGAUUUUCCAUUGAAUACUUAUCUGAGGGACGUUAUAGACUGGGAGAUAAAAUAUUAUUCAUACGAAUGCUCCACGGCAAACAUGUCAUGGUCCGUGUUGGUGGAGGAUGGGACACACUCCAAGGCUUUCUGCUUAAGUAUGAUCCCUGCCGAGUGCUUCAGUUUGCAACUCUGGAGCAAAAAAUCUUGGCUUUUCAGAAGGGAGUCACCAGUGACCAUAUCUCCAACUCAGCAGCCAGAAUUCAGGAACCUCCUGUCAUGAACCCAAUGUCAGCUGUCAGUAUGUUUCAAAAGCAACCAGCAAACCCUCCUACUCCUGUUCCAGCCCUAAAAGCUGUCCAUGGGGCAACAGUUAAGAAGCCUUUGUCUAAACAUCCUCAGUCUCCUGCCCUGACUUCACCGAAGGUGCCAGUGCACACAUCCUCCGCUGCCAAGUUGUUGUCAGCCAGACCCAAACUAGCAGAUGCUCAGUCUCCUUUCAAACCAUUGAUGGGCACCUCAAAGAAACUGGCAUCUCCUGCGCACCACUCACCAGCUCCUGUUCCUUCACUGCCUGCAAGCAAGAGUUCUUCAUCUACAAGAUCAAGAGCAGCUCUUGUUCACUCUGAAACAUUACGCAAACGUAUUCGCUCCCCUGAUGCUCCAAAGGUGAGAUUUGCCCCAGCCCAAGGCUCCCCAGCAACAGGGAUGCAUUCUGCGCUCUCAGCAUCUAAGAAGCAGUUGUCUCAGUUGCCUGCAACAAGUGAAACAUUGGCUUCGAAACAGAAGUGUGUCCCCUCUAAAUCCAAACCUGCAUCUGUCACUAAAACCAAGGUAAAUUCUGUUGCUCCAAGACCAGCCCAGCCACCUGUUAGCAAUCUGCGUGCUGUUGCCAAGUUUGCACAUUCCCAGCAGCUCUAUGUGAAAUCUCCUUCUGAAAAUACUACUCAGGGAUCAGGAACUGGGUCUCAGCAUCCUCGGAAAGCUCCACAAACAGCUUCUGAUCUGGCAAGGAACCUGAAGACUGCUUCAAUCCUAAAGCACUCAGCUUCUGUACCUUCCCUGGCAGUUAGUAAAUCAUUGAAGUCACCACCUACACUGGGAUCCAGAAGCAAAAAUCUAAUAGCAUCUGUCAAUAAGACACCAACCACAGAGCAUCUAGAGACCCAAAAUGUCAAUAAGCCCCCUGAGGUUGGAUCCUCCUCAUCCAAACCUCCUGAGCGCACUCCGCUCUCUGUUGUGCGGCUUCCUCAAACUUCAGCCAAAGUGGCAGUGACCAAAAAAGCAGUGCAGCCCACCACAAAAAGUCAGCCUUCAAGCACAGACUUGCAAGCCAAUGGAAACUUGGUCCCAGCAGCCAAGAAACCUCUCUCUAAAGGAAAAUCAGCAACAGCUUGUAACAAAGGAGCACCUAGUGCAUCGAAAGGGCCUCUUCUGAAGAGCAAACAAGAUGACCAUUAUUUUGUUAUGACUGGGAGUAAAAAGCCCAGAAAGUAAACCUAUCUGUUAACUUCUGUGGAAGUCCCUGUAACAUUCAAAUGGGCCUCUGAAAAUUGCUAUGCUAAGGACAAAAAUAAGUUAACUGACACUACAUGUGCCAUUCCAAAUGUUAGGCAUGAUUACAUUUUGCUGCAUAACUUACAGUAAUAACUGUAUUUAUUUUGCAGUUUUAAAACUUGUUUUAGAUAUAUUUACAAGUAAGCUUGCUUGCACUGUGGAAUAGAGGAUAAUCAUGUUUGCUGCUAGCCUGACCUGCUGUGAAGAAAGGCAGGAGAGAGGAAGGGGAGCUGGAAUGCUGCUGCUGUUUGUUUUCCAGGGAGUUAAGCUGAGCAAUUCUGGUUGUUCUAAGCACAUCUGCAUCAAGGCCUGUGGCAAGUGAUAGAGCUGUGCAGAUGCUAUAAAAUUUCUAAUACCUCAAACAAAAUUGUUGAGGGUUUUUUCCCUUUUCCUUUUUUUUUUUUUUUUUUUUUUUUUUUUUUUGAACUCGGUGGUGAGGCACUGGCACAGACUGCCCAGAAAGCUGUGGGUGCCCCAUCUCUGGAGGCAUUUAAGGCAAGGUUGGAUGGGACUCUGGACAGCCUGAACUGGAGGGUGGCAGCCCUGCUCGUGACACAGGGUGGGACUGGAUGGGCUCUAUGUCUCUCCAAAGUUACGUCAUGCUAUGAUUAGAGAAAAAUCUCUAGUCGUCUUCAGUUUGACUGCUGUAGCUAUCAGCAUUCACUAUGCUCCUACGUGCCUAAACAGGGCUUCAGCUUGCUUGGGCGUGGAGCCUUGGCUUGCUUUAAAUUGUGCAUAGGAAAUCAUGGCCUUGAUCACUCUUUUUUUUUUUUUUUUUUUUUUUUUGUGCCUUAGCAUUGCUGCUUGUAAAGGCCUGGGGAGACAACUUUGCAGCUCUUGCUGCAUGGGAAGAAGUUGCUGUGAGGUCAUUUUCCUGCAGGAUGGACACCAUGGGGCUGGUACAGGGCCUGCUUGGGCAGAGCCUUGCUGCAGUGCAGCAGUGGCCUUUUUCUGUAAAACUGAACUGCUGAAUACUUAUUGAUGCUUGAGGUUUAUUUGUGUGGGCAAUCUUAGUCUGUGUUGGCCUUCAUUUUGUUUAUGGAGACCUUGCUAGUGGCUCUCCUUAUUACUUUUCCAGAGAUGAGGAGUAGUUUCCCAAAGAGCUACCAAGGGCUUGUCUUUGCCUUAAUGCCUUUGGAAGUAGCACAGACUGAAGUGCCAUUUACUCUCAACUCAUGAAGGCUCUUAGUGGGUCCAUGUUUCUCAGCAGAAAUGAGUUUCAUGGUAGAUGAAUAAAAACUACUGUCUCUGGAAGUAGCAUUGUUUAAGAUAAUUUGGGUUUAAUGAACAGUCAGUCCUAUGAAUGUCAAGGAACUCUCAGGUUCUGUGGAGAGACACUGCGACUGCAGACUUCCACAGGCUGUUGUUACUCCUGCUGUCAAGAUAUUUACUUAUGGGUAGAAGAGGCAACAUGGAAACUGCAGCUUCUGAUGCUAUAUGUUGAAUGUUUUCUUCCUGGAACUAGAAUAAGCAAGCAUUGUAAACUAAUUAUGAGUUUUCAUGUGCAGCGGUGACGCUAUCAAGCUACCUUUCUGAGCACCUUGUUAGCUUUGGUUAUUUAUCAUUCAGCUAUUUUAUCAGAUAAAUAUGCAUCUCUACUGUACAACUCCUGUUUACAACCUGCUGCGAGUAAACAGGAAAUAACAAUAUACAAACUAUUGUAGGAAAAUAUCAGUUUUAAUAACACAGCUCCCACAGACUUAUGUUCAAACUUGUAUGUGUGGGGAAGGCCUUACUGCUUAUUUAUUUUAUAAAUGCGCUGGCCAAAGCCACUACUGCAAAUGUUAAGAAUAGUAUUGAUUGUAGGGGAGUUAGGUUAAAAUUGACACGCUAUUUUAUACUCUGAAAGCAUUUUGCAAUAGAUGACUUGCUUUUAAUUUUGAUCUCCCAUAGAAUGAGCUCUGAUGCAGUAUCUCAUGCAAUAGAUGAGUUGGGGUUUCAUUCUGUACAAAGUCUGAGUGGGAUGAGGUUGCUCUCUUCACAGCAGCCCAUAUGGUGCUGUGUUCUGGAUUUGUAGCUGACACGGUACUGAUAGCACAGCAGGAUUUGGGCAGUUGCCAAAAUUUGUUUGCAUGGCAUCAAGGCUUUCUCUUUUCCCCGUGCUGACCCUGACAGCAAGUGGGUUGGGAGUGGGUGCUUGGCUAUUUGCUGGGUGGUUCAACAACCCUCAACACUUUUUGAACUGUUUACAAGUUUCACAGUACUACUAUAAACACCAAGACUCUUGGAUCCCUGCGUAACAGUUAUCUCAGCAUCUACCUUUGAAAGCAAUUAUUUGAGAGAAAGUAAAGUGGAGGGUUUCAACUUUUUAAUGUGUUAUCUCACAUAAUAGGUUGAAUUUUGUUGUUCAAAGUGAAAUGGAAAAGUGUAAACUGGGACACAGGCACUGAAAAAGGAAAAAAAAUCAUUUUACUGUUGAAAACCUAGACUUAAUCUAAAGAUGCUGCAUGUGCUAUGUAUGGGUUAGCUUGGUUUGUUUUUUUAUUACAAAAAUAGUGUAAGUAUGAUCUAACUUGUGCAAAUAAUUGCAGUCUUCAACUUUUUAUUCAUUUUAUAACUGAUGAUGUCAUGUGGCACAAGGUGAGCUAAUAAUCAAAAUGCAAGAAAAUACCUCCUGCUGAAAAUACUCUUUUCUCAAUGUUUAUAUUGCCAAACAGUAAAUUUGAUCUUCAACUUGUACUUUUUGAGUGGGAAAGAUUAGUUGGAACAAGAAUCUUAUUUCUCUGUAUGCUUUUGAUGUCC